UGUAUCAGGUGAUGAUCUUGUUGGUGGAGGAUCAGGGAUUUCAGCCAAUAAUGCUAUGGCUAUACCAGGCAUGGAGUCUACAGCAGAGACAAUGGAUUACGAUGAUGGGUUUGAUUAUGCAUCUCUGCCGGGAUUUAAAGGUGCUCACAAGAAUGAAAUAGAAUCUCGAUCAGGAGGUCCUGAUAAGCCUGCCAUUCCUGGAUUUUCUUCCAAACCACAACUACCGCCUUUUGCCCAAGCAGGAGGAGACAUGCCACCAAGAUUUGGUCCAGGUUUUGAUCCUGGUCGUGCACCACCUUUCAGACCACGUGGUGACGUUGGAUUUGAGAUGCAUCACAGACCAGAUAAUCCAGGCCCUAGAAGAAAAGAAGAGCAAGAUCGACCUUGGGAACCACAUAAACAACCAAACAUGAAGUUUCAGCCGGGGCCACAUCCCGAUGAACCAGGACCRGAGAACUGGGGUCCUCCAAGAGAGCCGCCCYCUAUGGACAAUAGAGGUCCCAGGGGUAAUGACCCUCGAUUUGGCCCAGGGCAGGACUUUCAGAGAGAUCAUCGGCCACCACAUUUCAAACGAGGACCAAAGAAUCAAGGAGAGAGAAGAGAUGGCAUACUUGGAUCUCCUCCUCAUGGCAAACCAGAUAUGUGGACACGCCCACCACCAGGGGGAAUGGGUCUUCUUGGUCCAGCACCCCCACCAUCUGGUCCUCCAGACUCUAGACUAGGUAUAUUGGGUCAGCAUCCUGGUCCAGAACAGAACCAAGACCAUGAUAUGAGAAGAUCAGGAGAUAUGGAUGAAGAAAGAGAYCCRCAUGAAACGCGUGUUCAUCCAAAUGAUUUAAGCUCYAGAGGAUUUCGACGGGGAAUGGGCAGAGGUGGUGGUCCUAGAAGGGGAAAUGAUUCAAACAGACAACAAGACCAAGGUGAAGAAAGAAACGGCGACAACCGUCCUCGAGGACCUCCGUUUCAAAGGGGCUUUAAUCCAAACGGUAGAGGAGCACCUCAGGGACCUGAUGAUAACAGGCGUCCAUGGCAACCUGAACCUUCAGAUCCUAGAUUUCGCAGGCAUGAUGGGCCUCCUGAUCGACGGCCGUUUGACCGACCACAGUGGGAUGAGCCACUGGAUGAUCUUCCUCGAGAUGACAUGGGUCAACCAAAUCACCACGGAAGGGAGUUUGCUCCUCAUGAUCCCAGAGCAGGGCCUUAUUAUGGACGGGGACCUCCUAAUGAUUUGGACCCCAGGGGAGCCGACCCACCCGAAAGACGUUCUUCAGACGAUUCUCAGAGAUCUCAGGAUAACAAGCCCCGACCUCUUAUGAGUCUUAUGAGUAUUAAUACAAUUGUCCCUCCUAGAAACCAUGAACGUGAUGAACCGGACAGACCUGCUUUGCAUAGAAAACGUUCAGGUGAAGGAGAACAUGACAGAGAGUGGGACUGUCCACCUCAACAAAAACUUAGGUUUCCUCCYUCUGGACCACCAGAAGAAAGACACGAUAUCAGGGAGGGGAGACCGUUUCCUGAGGAUCAAGUUGGAUGGAGAGGAAGGGGWGGAAUGAGAUGACRAAAGUAGGUCACUUGAGUUGCGAAUAGAGUGUGUCGUUUUUGUACAUGUACAAUGCCUUAGUUUUCAUAAUUACGUGAAGGCAAUUACAACAGAAAUCUACAGUACAUGAAGAUCCAUUCGUCUCGUCCGUACCCACCACCCAGAUAUGUGUCUGAUUUGCUUUUCAUUUUGGUCAGCAUGAAACCACACAGAAAUCUUGCCGUUGAAUGUCAGCCGUCAUGUAUGUUGGAAUGCUGAAUUGCUGAAUUCGCAUUAUUUGGAAAAUGGUCAAUCAAGAUAUACUGUACAGGCUCGACAACUUGAAGGAAUAUACAUAUAUACAUAAACAUUAACAUUGCGAUUAUCAUUGAACUUCUGUCAUUCACGAUUCAUGUACAGAAAAGAAUGUCCUUGUAAUCAUAAAAUACGACAAAACAAAAAUAGUAAAUGACUUUAUUUAGUAAUCUUGUGACCUGUUCUAUUGUAUUUCACAGUGAAGUCAUCAAACUCGUGAAACAAAAUUUGAYUAGCGUUCAAGAAGCACUAUUUUGCACAAUUCGGUAGGACUCA